CUGGCCCUGGUUCUGGUUUAGCUCCGGAGCUAAAACUGCGCUGAACGAACCGGGACCGGGGACAGAGGACAGCGGGGGACAGAGGACCGGGCGGUGGGACACGAUGUCUCUGCGGACGCGGGGGACACGGCGGAGCUGCGGGGGACCGAGGCGCGCGACUUUAGACCCGAACAAGACCCAAGAAAAAAACUGAACCACGGACCAAGACUCAAGACCCGGAACCGACACAGAGACACAGACAGAAGGACCGACAGGUGAAGCUCCUGCCGGAGCUGGAGCGAUGGAGCUGGACGACAGACACAGAGGUGUUCAGUUUGCGCCCAGACUUCAGGAGGAACCAAAGACUCGAGGCGACGGUGACGAGUCGUGUCGCCCUGAGGAGCACCUGCAGGAGCCGCACGGAGCCGCGGGCUGCAGCUCAGCUCCGCCCCCCCGCCUCCACGCCCACCGCAGACCCUACAGCUGUUCAGACGGCGAGGAGCGGAGGGAAGAACGGCCCGAGGAGCGGAGGGGGGACCGGCCUCCGCGCUGGGACCCCCGCGUGGCCCCCGGGGUCCGGCCCCCUCCGGGUUCCUCCGAGACGGGGGGGAAGGAUAAACCUUUCAGGUGUUCGGAGUGCGGGAAGAGGUUUCGCUUUAACUCGGCUUUAAAGAAACACGUCCUGGUUCACACCGGAGAGAAGCCGCACUCCUGCUCCGAGUGCGGAAAAGCCUUUCAGUUCAUCUCUGACCUCCGGAAACACGUCCUGAUCCACUCGGGACAGAGACCUUACAGGUGCUCCGUCUGCGACAAGGGCUUCGUGGACGUGAGUAACUUCAGGAGACACGAGCGGAUUCACACCGGAGAAAAACCUUUCAGCUGUCCCUUCUGUGACAAAGAGUUCACUGAUAAAGGAAACGUGAAGAAGCACAUGAGGGUGCACACGGGAGAGAAACCCUUCAGGUGUUCAGUCUGUGACAAACACUUUUCUUUUCUCGCUUCGUAUAAAAGACACGUGAGAAUCCACAAGACGAGAGCCGAGGGCAAGACACCGCCGGAGACCUGAGUGAGACCUGAGUGUGACCUGAGUGUGACCUGAGUGUGACCUGAGUGUGACCUGAGUGUGACCUGAGUGUGACCUGAGGGUGACCUGAGGGUGACCUGAGGGUGACCUGAGGGUGACCU